GGACAGGCCCAGGGCAAGGGUGAUGUAGAUCACCAAAAAGCUGACUGGGUUAGUAUCCACCAGCGGAUAUGCCAGCUGCUGAUUCCAAUCCGCACUUCCCCUCCUUUUCACCUCACUGAAGAAGAAAGCAGGCACAGCACGGAGCAGCUGGAGAAGAGGCAGAAAUACAUCAUUGAUCUCGCACACCGCACAGCCCAGGAGUUCAUUUUGGGUGGAAAACACAAAGAAGCGCUGCCUGCAGCUUUGCAUGCCUUACGUUUCAGCGCUGAAGUGUACGGCUCCGAUUCUGUGCAAUUGGUGCCUGCUUAUCUCCUCUUGGCUGAGGCCUCCACUGGUGUUGGCCAUCUUCUAGAGGCGUCUAAGUAUCUCUCCCAAGCCCAGUGGAUUGUCCUCAGAACUCCAGACUGCAGUGUUGCUAUUCAGUAUAAAUUACAUCGUAGUCUGGGACUUCUCUAUGCUGCUGAAGGAAACUUUGAACAGGCUUUAUAUCACCUGGCAAAUGAC